UAUUGCAACUAUUUUGCUAAGUUUAUAAAUAAAAAUUUGUAGCAAUAACAAUAAUAACAUUGAAUUAUAAGAACGGUGCGAGCGCCACCCGUGUCACUCCAGCGAACUACAUAAUUGACUGAUGUCAGAUGUUUUCUUUACUUGUGUUUUUUUCUUUAUUUACGUAAAAACAAUAAGUGUAACAUAAAAACAGUCAAAACACAACCACUGGUUACAAUGUUCGCGGUUGCAGUCUCUUCGCUAAACCAAAAAUAAUUCUAAAAAGUUGGUAGAUAAUGUUGAUAUUUUGAGGCUUUUUAUCUAUGGGUGUCAACGUCCCUUCCGUUAAUUAAUCAGUGAUACAAGUGUAAUAUUUGGGAGAGAUGUCGAAGAACAAGCUAAACCUGACCCUCCCCCCGGGUUCGCUGGACCAAACCCCCACGGUGACCCCCACAAGUGCGCCGUUUCCGGACGCCGCAGCCCCGUCGAACAACGUCGGGGGCUCCAGCAUCGACAACCUAACGGCCCGGAUCGAGGGCUUGGAGAUGGACGCCACGCAGAGGAGGCGCAUUGAGGUGUUCCUGUGCCAGAAGGAGAAAAUCGGGGGUGAUUUGAGCGACGACGAUUUGGAAAAACUGGGCGAGUUGGGGUCGGGGAACGGCGGCGUCGUUAUUAAAGUCCGCCAUAAAUCCGGGCUCAUCAUGGCCCGGAAAUUAAUCCACUUGGAGGUGAAACAGGCGAUCAAACUCCAGAUAAUUCGCGAAUUGAAAGUCUUGCACGAGUGCAAUUUCGCGCACAUUGUGGGCUUCUACGGCGCGUUUUACAGCGAUGGGGAGAUCAGCAUCUGUAUGGAGUAUAUGGACGCUGGGUCUUUAGACUUAAUUCUUAAAAAAGCCGGACGGAUUCCCGAAAAUAUACUCGGGAAGAUUACCGUUGCGGUUUUGAAGGGGCUGAGCUACUUGAGGGAUAAACACGCGAUUAUGCACCGCGAUGUUAAGCCCAGUAAUAUACUCAUUAAUAGUAGCGGCGAGAUCAAGAUUUGUGAUUUUGGGGUCUCGGGACAACUUAUAGACUCGAUGGCGAACUCUUUCGUCGGAACGAGAAGCUACAUGUCGCCGGAGAGACUCCAAGGAACGCAUUACUCAGUCCAAAGUGAUAUUUGGUCUCUCGGUUUAUCACUAGUGGAGAUGGCAAUCGGCAUGUACCCAAUCCCACCUCCUGAUCCAGAAACGUUGAAAGCGAUGUUUGAGUCGCGAAACGACAACGAUUCACCUGACCACACUAAAGGGCCUCGCCCUAUGGCAAUCUUCGAGCUUCUGGACUACAUCGUCAACGAGCCUCCGCCGAAACUGCCAAGCGGGUUAUUUUCAGACGAAUUCAAAGAUUUUGUUGAUAGGUGUUUAAGAAAAAAUCCGGAUGAAAGGGCCGACUUGAAAACCUUGAUGAACCACGAAUGGAUCAAAAAAGCCGAAGCCGAGGACGUGGACAUCGCCGGUUGGGUUUGUAAAACAAUGGAAAUUCAACCGCCACAAAAUAAAGUAUAAUUUAUCUCGUGUUUAACUUAUCCAGCUAGUGAAUGUUUUGUGUAGGUAUGACUUGUUUUUCAGCUAAAAACUGUGAUAAAUUUCAUUUCAAGAGUUGUAAGGUUUCAUAAUUUAACAUAAGUCGUUUUUUCCCAAUUGAAAAAAGUCACAACCCGAAACCAUGUCAACAUUUAUUGUUUGUAUUUUGUCAAUUAACUGGAAGAAGCGAGCGAGGUUUGUGUGACGUCUGAACGUCGAUUUAUACUUUUUAUUGCUACAACAACUGUACAGUAUGCUACGACAUAAAAGUACAAAGCUGUUCUGCCGUAUCCAAAAUCGAAAUUGUCUGUGAUAAGUUGUACGUGAAAAUUAUAAGUCAAUAUGUAAUGGUUGUGGCUUUUUGCAGGACUAGAACUAAACUUUUUUAAUUUUUUAUUCUUAAAUUAGUUGUAACUCGCAUAGUAUUAUAGCAUAAGAUCGUUGAUUACGUUUUUUCAGCUUAAACAUGACAACGUGUUCAAAUUAUGAAAUGUUAUAUUUUCAGUGCACAUAGCUACCUACCUACACAUAUAGUAUUUGUUUCAGUCACUUUGUUUGUAACUAGUCUGGCAGAAAGUUUUCGCAAAAUCAUUAGCUUGUUUCAUCUAUAUGUCUAUAUAUAUGUAGGUAGGCUAUUCGUGAAAUGAUCAAAAAUUUUCCCGGACUAGUGGUUCAUGUUUGUUUAAUGAUAUUAUUGAAAUAAUUCCAUCAAAGAAACUUGUACUCUGUAAGGUUGAUUAAAAAUGUAUUUGUGAAAUCUAUAGCUUUUAUGUAUGUACUAUAUUAUAAUAAAAUUUUCAAAAUAG